AGCGGGAGCGCGCAGUGGAUCCCACACUCGCUGGAGAGGAAAAAACCGCCGUCGGACUACAACAGCGACUCACCGGGAAAAAUGUUGCCUCCACCGCCCUUCAACAACGCUGUCGAUGCCUGCAAAAGUCAUGUGAAAGGAUCCACAACACAUGAGGACUCGAGUGUUUUCGACCAUUAAACUUGUUUCAGAGGAUUGUAAACUCCGAGAGUGAUUAAUAAGACACAGGAAUUGAAGUUAACAUUGGACAGGUGCAGAAAAUGGCGAGACGGCUCCUGCAGCUCCUUGCCUUGUGGACUGCUGUGGUUGGCAUUGUGCAGUGCUGUCCAGAGCUCUGCAGCUGCCAGGAUAAAUUUGCCCACCAGUUUGCUGAUUGUGCUUACAAAGACCUGCUGGUGGUACCUGUGGGUCUCCCCUCCAAUGUUACCACCGUGAGCCUUUCUGCCAAUAAGAUCAAAUUACUGAAAAGCAAAAGCUUUGUCAAUAUCACACAGGUCACCUCUCUCUGGCUGGCCCACAAUGAGAUAGUUACCAUAGACACAGACACCUUGGCCCCCCUGAUCCACCUCCGCAACCUCGACAUCAGCUACAACAAAAUUGUGAACUUUCCAUGGGAGGAUCUCCACAACCUCACAGCCCUGCAGCUUCUGAAAAUGAACAACAAUGAGAUGGUGAACCUUCCAAAGGGUGCCUUUUCCACUCUCAAAGACCUGAGGUCACUGCGUAUCAACAACAACAAAUUUACCACCAUUGUGGAGGGUACCUUCAGUGCUCUCUCCGCCAUGUCCCACCUUCAGAUUUUUGCCAACCCCUUCACAUGUUCAUGCAACCUGGAGUGGCUGAGAGAUUGGAUCGAGACAACUAAGAUUUCUGUCCCUGACCAAAAUUCAAUUUUAUGUGAGGCCCCUGAACACCUGAAGGGUACAAUGGUUACAAAGAUUCCUAAACUAGACUGUAAGGCCCCUACUGUCAUAAUAACCUACCAGCCCAACAUUGAGAACACCGAGAUCUAUGAGGGUUUCAUGGUCAUCUUAAAUUGUGAGACAAAAGGGAGCCCCACUCCACAGGUCAGCUGGGAGGUGACUGCAGGGAAUCAGAACUAUCUGUUCCCCUUGCCCUCUACUGGAGAGAUAAAUGACAUGCCGAUUAAUGAUAAAACAACCAACAAUCGAUUUCUCGUCUUUAGAAACGGCACUCUCAUCAUCCCUCGUAUGAGUAAAAAGGAAGAUGGAAAUUACAGUUGCUCUGCGGUGAAUGAUUUAGGUAAGGCGGAGAGUGGUGUUAAAGUGGCUAUGGCAGCCACCCAAAAACACGGCAGCGACUCGAAGCCCGAUUCUACAGUGGACAAGAUCCGUCCAUCUGUUAAAAAGCUUGCAGAGCCCAAGAGCUCUAAAAACAAUGUGAUCAACUGGAGCAAGCCUGAAGAAAAGACAAAGGGCAGCCCUGAUGCUUCGUCAGACAAAAGUGAAGGCACCGACCAGGUUGGUGGCGUCUCAAAGGACCCCACCUUUGCGAGCAAGUGCGGCGUGAGAGAGAGCAGUGAAUACAUCUCCAACCAUGCCUUCAACCUGAGCUUGGAUGACCUGAAGCAGUACACUUUUGAUUUUGGUGUCAUUGCAUUGGAGGUGUCAGAGACAGAGGCCAAAGUGCAGCUGAAUCCUCUGCAGCUUCCCAGCAGCAAGUCUAACCUUCAUCUCAGCCAAACUGAAAACCUGGAAACAGUGAAUAAGGAGCCCCUGGGUCUGUUGCAGUCCUCAUCCAGUAAAGCCUCCCUGGACAUGCUCUACCUCUGUGUAAAUACAGGAAAUGGACACUCCAUGAUUCAGUGGUCCAACAUAGAGGAGGGGGUGAAUUCCUACCGCUUCCAUGGUUUAAAGCCUGGCACCAAUUACACACUUUGUCUCACCUAUGGGGGGCAGGACUGCCAAGUCCAAGUAGUUUUCACAACUAGGAAGUACAUCCCCUCCCUGCUUAUCAUCGUGGUUGUCAGCAUUUUCCUACUGGGUCUGGCCACUGUUCCCUUACUGGGGGCCACCUGCUGCCAUUUAUUAUACAAGUACCAAGGGAAGACCUACAAGCUGAUCAUGAGGGCUCAGAAUCCGGAUCAGAUGGAGAAACAAAUGGCUGGAGAUUUUGAUCCCAGAGCGUCUUUUGUGGGGUCAGAGAAAACCUUCAACCCCAGUGAGUUAGGGGAGGGGGAGAGAGAGGCCCAGGGAGAGGAAGGAGAUGGAGAGGGUGAUGCUGAGGGGAGCGUGGUGACAGAGUCCAUCCCCGGAUCCUCAUCCAAAACCAACCAGGAGGAAUUUGAAAUGGGUUCGGAGUACAGUGACAGAUUACCGCUGGGAGCAGAGGCAGUCAACAUCUCAGAGGAGAUCAACGGCAACUACAAGCAGCCAAGUCGCUGAGCUCCGCUGACGUCUGCGAGUAUAUUGUAAAAUAUUUUACUUUCAAGUAGGCCUAGCCAAUCAAGCAGGUAACUCAACCACCAUUACUACACGUGACAAAUGAUGGCUUCUGAUUUAAAAAAAAAAAAAAAGGUGGAUCUUUUAAUUUCUUUUACCUCAGAAAGUCCGUCAAUCACUUGAGAUUGUGAAGUGAUUCAUGUGACAUUUGUAGUGUACUGUAGGUUAAAAUAAGCAGCAUUGCAAGCACAACACAUUGCAAGCACAACUUUCUACAUAUUAUCAGACCUCAAAACUGGCAGGACAGCAGCAAAAUGUUCCCUUUCUGCAGGACGGAUGGGCAUGGUACGCAAAUUGUGCAAACGGCGAGGCGUAGAGCUCGCCAGAGUUUAGCGUAAUUGAAGGCACAAAAAAAAGAACUACAUUGGAGAGCUCACACACAAAAAAAAAUUAAUCUAAAGGUGCCAUGUGUUUUAAAGCCAUUUCAAAUAAAGAUACAUCAGGGACAAAUGUGCUCUUUCUAAACUGUGUGUGUUUGUGCAAUGAUGUGGAUGAGCCUCGUCUAAAAAAAUUAUAUGAUAGGCUAGUUGAUGCAGAUAUUUGGUUUCAUCGUUAUUGCGCCUGACCUGCCCGCUGUCCUCGGAGUCCAAAAGGGACAUUUCACUUUUCAAUUGUGUUGUGCGUGACAGGAAAUCCCAGGUUAUUUACCAACAAAAUGUUGUUUGACGUAAUGUAAGGCUUUAAAAAUGUGCGAGUUUAACAUCUUUUAUCAACGGGUGCUUGCUAUACUCUCGCUUUUUACAAUGACCGUGUCCAUGGCAUGUCACACGUAUUUCCUUGUGUGGUUUUUAUUAGUGUAGGCUAGUCUCGUGGACUUUAGAUGUUACUGUCAGCCUGUGAUGUAAAGCCAUGUAAACUGAAAUUAUUUUUUACGACGCUUAUUAAGUUUCUAUGAAGCCUCAACAAAAAGGCGCAUGAGUGUUUGGCGGCUUCACUGUCUCGUAAUUUGAUGUAUAUAGUGAGUUUUUGUGAACUGUUGUAAAACGAAAUGAAAAACCCAUGACCUUUCAAGAUUUUUUGAUAUAAUUUUAUGUAAGUGGAAUUAAUUAAACAUAUGAAAAACAGA